GUUGGAGUUAUUUGCGGAAGACGUGGCAAGUUCGUGUUUUGACGCGGUAGGGUGGCUGUUAUUGUAACAACGUAACAACAUAACAAUGUAACCUCUUUCAUUCACUGUACUUAAGUGUAGUACAUUUUAACUACACGCAAAUCCUAAAGCACGUUACCUUUACACUGAACAAGGUUAUCAACAUUACCAUGUUGCUUCAGAUCCUCUGUUGCCUUGCACUUUUGUUUUCUUUUGCCCAGUCAAAGACAAGGAAUGUACUUCUAAUCAUCGAGCCCUGCGAUUGGCUGGCGACCAGUCCAGGGUGUACCCCGCCUGUCGCCCGAAGUCAGCUGGGAUAGGCUCCAGCAUGCCCCCGCGACCCUAAUGAGGAUGAAGCGCUGACGAUGCCGGUUUUGAGACAGAUGUGUACAAUAAUUCGGUGGUCCACACCCCUCACCUGCAUUCGCUGGCUGAGCGUAGCCUCGUCUUCAACAACGCUUUCACAUCUGUCAGCAGCUGUUCCCCCAGUCGCUCCACUAUCCUCACUGGCCUGCCACAGCACCAGAAUGGUAUGUAUGGCCUCCACCAAGGCGUGCAUCAUUUUAACUCCUUUGAUGGCGUUCAAAGUCUGCCGCUGCUCCUCAGCCAAGCUAACAUACACACAGGCAUCAUUGGAAAAAAACAUGUCGGCCCUGGGUCCGUAUACCCGUUUGACUUUGCCUACACGGAGGAAAACAACUCCGUCCUGCAGGUGGGGAGGAACAUCACCCGCAUCAAACUUCUUGUUCGGAAGUUUUUCCAGACCCAUAAAGGGGAAGCCUCUGUGAGGAAGCAGAAAGCCGAAGAAAGUAGUAACAAAGAUGAAGAGAGGCCUUUUUUCCUCUAUGUCGCCUUCCAUGACACCCACCGCUGUGGACACUCCCAGCCCCAGUAUGGAGCCUUCUGUGAAAAGUUUGGGAAUGGGGACAUGGGGAUGGGGAAAAUUCCAGACUGGACUCCACAGUAUUACACACCACAACAAGUUAAGGUUCCUCCCUUUGUGCCGGACACGCCUGCAGCACGAGCGGACUUGGCUGCUUUGUACACGACUGUUAGCAGGCUGGACCAGGGUAUUGGAUUGAUCCUUCAGGAGCUCAGGGAUGCUGGUUAUGAAAAUGACACUUUGGUCAUCUACAGCUCUGACAACGGCAUCCCCUUCCCCAACGGCAGAACCAACCUGUACCGCUCCGGCACGGCAGAGCCCAUGCUGGUGUCCUCUCCUGAGCACAGGAGUCGAUGGGGAGACAGGAGUCAGGCCUACGUCAGCUUACUGGACAUCACCCCCACCGUCCUGGACUGGUUUUCCGUCCCCUACCCGUCAUACAGUCUUCCCGGCGGCAUGGCUGUCCCGGUCCACCUCACGGGUCGUUCUUUGCUGCCCGCCCUGGUCGCUGAGCCCAUCGACUGGCACACCGUCUUCGCCAGCCAAUCAUUGCACGAGGUCACCAUGUAUUACCCAACCCGCUCCGUCCAUCAGGGGCCGUACCACCUCCUCCACAACCUCCACUACCGCAUGCCCUUCCCUAUCGACCAGGACCUGUACGUGUCCGCCACUUUCCAGGACCUGCUGAACCGCACCAGGCGGAGUGAGCCCACACACUGGCUGAAAAGUCUGCAGCAGUAUUACUACCGAGACCGCUGGGAGCUGUACGACACCAGGAGAGACCCUCUGGAAACAAAGAACCUGGCGUCAGACGCGUCCUACAGUCAAGUGCUGGACAGCCUGAGACAGUGUCUGCAGAAAUGGCAGUGGGACACGGGGGACCCGUGGGUUUGUGGAGCAGACUACGUCCUGGAGGACAAGCUGGAGCCACAGUGCAGACCACUGUACAACGGACUGUAAAUGCUGCUUUCCGUCGACUGGUUGGUCUGCACAAAGGUACUUUCUGCUUCAUAAUCCCGUUUAUUUCUGUGUUUGUAUGCCAGGCUGCUUUUAACGCUCCUAAAGAAAUAAUUCACUUAUCAUUUUCAUGAUGUUGCUGGAUGAUUUGAUCAGUCUCAAGGGUCUCUAGUCUGGUCGUGUAUUCUUAUCGUCUUACGCUACCUGACAUUUAAGCAUUUGGGAUGAUUGAACUGGAGCCCAUGCAUGGGACAGUAAAUUGAUCAGAAAAUGACUUUAUUGGUAAAGCUCACGCUUUCAAGCUAGUUGACUGAAAUGUCUUUGAAAGACCAGACCUCAUUGGACAGGUUCCAUGUGCCCUUGUAACAUAAAAGAGACAACAGGGUUGGUUUAGUAUUUUAGUGUGUGUCAAUCCCGCCAAAGAUGAAGACCACGUAGCAGUUUUACCAGUCAGGUUGAUUGCGAAGCUGAAGUUCAGCAGCUUCCGGUUACCUUUUCAAGUGGAAGGAACUUAAUGUUUGUCCUGAUUUUUUGCCACACUUCUGGUGUGAAAACAUUUUAGACGUUUUAGGUAAGACCUUCCCGCGACCCUAGUGAGGACAAGCGGCAUAGAAAGUGGAUACAUGGCGUGUGAGACAUUGACUUUGGCUGACACUCACUCUUGUAUUUGUGAACCCUUUUUAUUUGUGAAAAUGCAAUAAAGGCACAUUUCUUUGUUUUCCCAGCAUCUAGACCACAGUAGACCAGGUCCACUUGGUAAACCACUGUAGAGACGAGACUUCUCAGCUGUGUAUUAGGUUCAUCUACAGACCCCGCAGGUUCAUAAAAACAGUUUCUGACCUGUGAAACCUACAUUUUAUUUGUGAAAAUGCAAAAAAGGCAAUUUCUCCAGUUUGUUUCAGCAUCUAGACCACAUUAGAUCAGGUCUAGUUAAAAAAAAACAAAAAAAAACUAACGGCUGUGCCUAGACUUUUCAAGUCUGGUCUUGAUUUCUCUUCAGACCCUGCAGGUUCUUAAAAACACAGUUUCUGAUUUGUGAAGUCGUCAUUCUAUUUGUGAAAAUGCAAUAAAGGCACAUUUCUUUGUGUUUCCAGUAUGUAGACCACAGUAGACCCGGUCCGCUUUGUAAACCCCUGUAGCUAGCCUUCUUAACUCCGUAGUCGAUUCAUCUACAGACCCUCACUUUGUGAUUUAUGAAAGCUUUAUUCUAUUCAUGAAAGUGUAAUAAAGGCAAAUUUCUCAUUUAUUUUCAGCAUCUGCACUUUGAAAACCGCUCUACCUUUGU